ACAGUGGUGCGAGCAGCAGGAAUGUGAAGAUGGCUACAGAUCUGGGAGAGCUGCUGGUCCCGUACAUGCCCACCAUUAGAGUACCGAGGACAGGAGACAGGGUUUUCAAGAGCGAGUGCGCUUUUUCCUACGACUCUCCUGAAUCAGAAGGUGGUCUGUAUGUGUGUAUGAACUCAUUCCUGGGUUUUGGAAGAGAACACGUGGAGAGACAUUACCGUAAAACUGGACAGAGUGUGUACAUGCACUUAAAGCGGCAUGUUAAAGAGAAAGCCACAGGUGCUGCAGGGGGUGCCAUACCAAGAAGGAGGAAUGGAAAAGUAUUUUUAGAUUUAGAGCUUAACCGUGAUUUUAACGGGGAUGAUUAUGAGUAUGAAGAUGAAGCCAAGCUUGUCAUAUUUCCAGACCACUAUGAGAUCCCUCUACCAAAUAUUGAGGAGUUGCCUGCACUGGUGACAAUAGCCUGUGACGCCGUCCUCAAUGCUCCAUCUCCAUACAAAAAGCAGGAAUCAGAUUCAUGGGAAGAGGAGAUCCAAGUUUCUAGACAUGCUAGAAGUCUAAGACAGCUUGAUAAUGGCGUUCGAAUUCCUCCCAGCGGAUGGAAGUGUGCCAAGUGUGAAAUGAGAGAGAACCUGUGGCUAAACCUGACGGAUGGCUCUGUCCUCUGUGGGAAAUGGUUCUUUGAUGGGAGUGGAGGGAACGGACAUGCCCUUGAGCACUACAGAGAAAGCAACUUUCCCCUGGCAGUUAAACUCAACACAAUCACCCCAGAUGGAGCAGAUAUUUAUUCCUUUGAUGAAGAAGAAGCAGUGCUUGAUCCUCACAUAUCUGAACAUUUAUUACAUUUCGGAAUUGAUAUGCUACAAAUGCAAAGGACAGAGAAUGGCCAUCAUACAGACAACCACGUUCAACCGCGUAUCAGUGACUGGGAAGUGAUUCAGGAGGCAGGUCUAAAGUUAAAGCCUGUCUAUGGUUCAGGAUAUACAGGCAUCAAAAACCUGGGCAACAGCUGCUACCUGAGCACCACUAUGCAAGUGCUUUUCAGUAUUCCAGAGUUCCAGAGAGCGUAUGCUGGGAACCUACAGAGAAUAUUUGACUACUCACCCCUCGAUCCAACUCAGGAUUUCAACACACAGAUGGCAAAACUUGGGCAUGGACUUCUCUCAGGCCAAUACUCUAAACCUCCAAUGAAAUCAGAACUUAUUGAACAGGUGAUGAAAGAAGAACACAAGCAGCAGCAGCAAAGGGGGAUUUCACCUAAGAUGUUCAAAGCGCUGGUCAGUAAAGGACAUCCAGAGUUCUCCUCAAAUCGGCAACAAGAUGCCCAUGAAUUCCUCUUGCACUUAAUUAACCUGGUUGAGAGGAACAAUUCAGGCUCUGAGAACCCCAGCGACGUGUUCAGAUUUAUUGUGGAGGAGCGAACACAGUGCUGUCAGUCGCAGAAGGUGCGAUACACACAGCGAGUGGACUACCUUAUGCAGCUUCCUGUGCCUUUAGAGGCAGCCAGCAACAGAGAGGAGCUAAUAGCAUAUGAGGGUAAACGGAAGGAAGCCGAGGAGAACAUGCGGCCCCUUCCAGAGGUGGUGAGAGCCAGAGUGCCUUUCACUGCCUGUCUGCAAGCCUUCACUGAGCCGGAGAAUGUGCCAGACUUCUGGAGCUCUGCGCUGCAGGCCAAAUCAGCCGGAGUGAAGACUUCUCGUUUUGCAACUUUCCCAGAGUACAUGAUCGUGCAGCUAAAGAAGUUCACAUUUGGUGUCGAUUGGGUGCCUAAAAAGUUAGAUAUGUCAGUAGAUGUACCUGAUUUCUUGGAUCUGAAUCGCCUUAGAGCCACAGGUCUACAGGCUGGAGAAGAGGAAUUGCCUGAUCUUACACCUCCCAUUGUCAUUCCUGAAGACACCCGAGACAGUUCAACAAACAACUCUUUGGAAUCUCCAGAAAUAGAUGAAUCAUCUGUGAUGCAGCUGGCAGAGAUGGGCUUUCCUUUGGAAGCCUGUCGGAAGGCUGUGUACUAUACUGGGAAUAUGGGAGCAGAGAUGGCCUUUAACUGGAUAAUAGCACACAUGGAGGAGCCAGAUUUUGCUGAGCCUCUGGCUGUUCCCACUUACAUGGAAUCAGAUCUGCCCAGUCCGAGUCUUCCUACAACCAGUGCACUGGACAACCAGCCUCCAGAGGAGAGCAUCUCCAUCCUCACCUCUAUGGGCUUCCCCAGGCAUCACACAAUCCGGGCCCUCAAAGCCUCAAACAACAACUUGGAACGAGCUCUUGACUGGAUUUUCACACACCCAGACUGUGAGGAUGAAAGUGAAGCUAUGUCAGACACAGCAGACACAGAGCCGAAUGAUAACAGCUUCUCAAACGCCAACGCCCACACUGACUCCUCACUGUCUCCAGAUCAGGAUCUGUCUAGCCCUCGAGUCAGAGACGGACCCGGCCGUUACGAACUGUUUGCUUUCAUCAGUCACAUGGGAACAUCCACAAUGUCUGGCCAUUAUGUGUGUCAUAUCAAAAAAGAGGGCAGAUGGCUGAUUUACAAUGACCAUAAAGUAUGUUUGUCAGAGAGGCCUCCUAAAGACUUGGGCUACAUGUACUUUUACCGGCGCCUGUCAAGCUGCUAAACCUGGACCUUCAAAACCAUAUGCACAGCCGUUCGGCCAGAGAGGUGUGUGUGAAGCUCCACUGACACUGCUGGAAACUAGCAAAGCAUUUACACCUGUGAGAAGGAGAGAGGAACCUCACAGUCCCUGCCAAAACCCGCACAGAGGCGCAAACCACAGCAGCGCUCCAGCGGGAAACCGUGUGCAUGUGUGUUUGUGUGUGUUGUCUGUCUGACUUUUGUUUAUCCGUUCGUCUUGCAUCUGCUUUAAAGGUACAGUGGGGUGCGUGCAAUUUUAGGUAUGCAGAUUAUUUUCCUAAUAUAUUCUCAGAUUAUUUGUUAUAUUUCUCUUCAAAUACUUUAAGCUCCUGUGCCAGUAUUUUCAAUACAUACAUUUUUUUUAAAUAUAACGUGUGCCUGCAUUUGCAAAUAUUACUGCCAUUUCAGCAGAAUGUACUUAAAUUGUAAUUCAUUUAAUGUCUAAAAAACAGAAUGGAUUUCAAAUAAGGUUUUUAAAAACCUAAAGCAUUGUUAUUGCCGGCAUGUAUGGUAAAAUAUUAGAUAAUAGCCAUUAUUUGGUUGGUCUUAGUUUGCUGGCAUUCAGAUCGGUCCGUAUUGUGUCAUCAUGGACUGAUUCUUUAUUUGAAUUUACAGUAUAUUUCAAGUGUCUUCUCCCCAACAGCAAAUGUUUGUCCAGUUUCUAUAACUUUUGGCAGAAGUGAACUUUAAAUGGACAGUACACCCAAAAUUAAAACUUGCUGUUAAUUUACUUAGAUUAAUAGGUCAUUAAAGAGGUAAAGUAGGAUAGUCUUUUCUUUAGUGGAUCCUAAAGAUUUGUUCUUGGUCCUUGGUGAUUUAUAAAAUUCAAGUCAAUGGACUUGGAAAUAAAAAAGAAAGAUAUAUUUAUAUAUUAUGUAUACAG